AUGCGGAACAAUAAGCAUGUAAACGCUGAUCAACUAACAAGGGAAAGAGCACGUGGUGCAGUUAGAACGGGUUGUAAGGCAAAUAUUGCACUUGUCAAGAAACAUAUGGGACCUAAUUGGAUUGUCAGUAACUUCAUAGAAACUCAUAAUCAUCCACUCUCGACUCCAUCAAAGGUUCUAACAACAUGCGCUAGGAUGUUAGGAUCCUUGCAUACUGUGUAUGUCCCUACUGUCUCUACAAAAAGCAGGAUGCUUGCAUAUUGCAUUUUGAAUUGUGAGAUAUUGGUUCAUGACAUGCUUGCAUAUUGUAUUUUGAAUUGUCAGGAUGCUUCUUGCAAGCUGAAAAUGAAGUUCUUGGAUAUAGCAGUGCAAGUUGAAAAUGAAGUUCUUGCAAGCAGUGCAAGUGGAGAAACAACAGGAGUUAAUAUGGAUUUUUUGAAUGUGGGGGCCCUGCAUUGUUCACUUAUUGCUCUUCUACUGUUCACAGAAAUUGAUCAUCUUACUAUUAGAAUUGAUCAUAGACCAAAAGGCAAUGGAAAUGGUAAUGCCCAGAAAAGAAUGAUUCACAACUGGAUCAAGACUUUACAUGAAGAGAAGAGAGACCCUGAAUUGGUUGACAAAGAUCUCAACGAUGCUUUUAAUUCUGCUCAGCUUGAAACUGCUGUGGAGGUUAUUCUGCUCUGCACUUCUUCGAAUCCUGCCCUUCGGCUGAAGAUGUCCGAAGUUGUUAAAAUACUUGAAUCUAUUUUUGGGCCAACAGAACAAACUGAAGAAACUCAUGGGGAAGUAACUUGCUGUAGGUCUUGCAGCUCCUCCAAAAGGUCUGAUGGUGCUAAUGAAGCCUCUUCUGUCAUCAUCGAAGCUAUUGAGCUCUCGGGGCCCAGAUGA